AUGGAUUAUUUAAGAGAAACUACAGUAAGAAGUCCCAAGGCCAGAGCACUCAGUCAAAAGCCCAAGAGAGAUAUUUUUAAGAAGACAAGGCUUGUGAGAAAGCUAGACUACCAGUGCCUAAUGGCUCAGUUAAAGAAACAUCAAAACAGGAUGAAAGAGAGGAAGGCGAAAAGUCCUUAUUUAUGAAGGCAUGAGUCACCUUUACUGCCGUAUCUUCAAAUUCAACAAAAUACUUUCCCCUACAAUGCUUUUGCCAAUACCCCAGAGGCAAAAAUAUUCGGUGAAACAAUAGACGAGAUCGAAAAGAAAAAGACAAAAAAGUUAAUAAAUAUCAUUGAAGAUGUUCAUAAAUAACAUUGAGCUCCUCGCUGCUUCUAGAGUAUUUGAUUGUAAGAAAUAUGCACUCAAUUCUCCUCGAAACCUGAAGCUUGUCUGUCAGAAAUUAAUGGUCAAGAAAAAUACCAAGAAGAGGUGUUAAUAUAAGCUGCUUCAGUUAAAUGAUCAAUAAUAACAUUAAAAUCUAGAGCCCCAAAAAAUGGAUCUGUAAUUGUAGCCGUAUCUAUAAUUAACUAGAUUAUUAUCCCUCCCAACUUUAAUUUCU